CCUCUCACACACAGCCCUGUGUACUCACUUACAAGAGGAGUUUUCGGUCAACAAGUGUAGAGAAUAGCAAGCGGCACUUGGGUGGGUCUUUCCUAACAGCCCAGCAGGCCACAACAAGGUUUGUUACCUUAUUCUCAGAGGUACUUGUAUACAGAGAGAGAGGCAGGUUGAUGAGAGGACAGGCAUGAGGCCGAACUACCUUUUUUCAUUACUCACCCUGUCCUCAGGACAAAGGCGGAUUCAGUAGACCCGGAGGCUUGAUGUUGCACUCAUCAAAGGCCCAAAGACUUGGUUUGAUUUAGGCCUGCUUCUUGUUUUCAUUUGGAGUGAGCACGUUUUCUCACUCUGUUUUGGAAUACACCGAUUUUUCAGGAGAAAGGGUUUGUGUAAAGCUUUCCUCCUGGAUUACUUGUGGAGAUUAGUGAUGGGGAAUGCGGCUGCAGGGGGCUUGGAGCAGGAACCGGCUGAGGGACGAGAGGCCAGGAACUCAGUCGGAGGAGCUUCAGGAAUGAGUGACCCCACUCCAACCUUGCAGAAGAAGCAGCCGGCUCCCCCCAAGCUGCCCAUGCCCCCAGAGGAGGAGCUGGAGGAGCGCUUCAAUGUGGUGCUGAGCUACAUGAACUUGCCUCCAGACAAACUGAAGCUGUUGAGCCAGUACGACAAUGAGAAGAAGUGGGAGUUAGUCUGUGAUCAAGAGCGUUUCCAGGUGAAGAGCCCCCCGUCCAUCUACCUGGCUAAGAUCAAGAGCUUCUACCAGGAUCAGGGAGGGGUGGCACGCAGGCUGAAGAAAAGGAUUCAAGAUGCCACCCAGGUCCUGAAAGAUUUGGAGAUUUCUCUUCGCACCAAUCACAUCGGAUGGGCUCAAGAGUUUCUCAAUGAGCAGAAUAAAGGUUUGGAUGUACUGGUGGAAUACCUGUCCCAUGCACAAAGUGACGUCUCGUUUGAUGUGGAGAGUGUUGAAAAUGGGGGUACCUUGUCAGAAAGAGGAAAACCAGCAGAGAGGUCGAUGGAAGACUUGACCAAGAGCUCCAGCGGCUCUCACUCACAUGGGGUGACCAGAGCUGCUCGGGCACUGACUGUAAGAAUAAGCUCCACUCUGGGGAACAAGAUGCAUAAGAAGUCCCAGGCAUCCAACCAGAGAGAUGAUGUACAUGUAUGCAUAAUGUGUCUGCGAGCCAUCAUGAACUACCAGUCUGGUUUUAACCUGGUGAUGACUCACCCGCGUUGUGUGAACGAGAUCACCCUCAGCCUCAACAGCAGGAAUCCCAGGACCAAAGCCCUUGUGCUGGAGUUGUUAGCUGCAGUGUGUCUCGUCAGAGGAGGACAUGACAUCAUUCUGUCAGCUUUCGACAACUUCAAGGAGGUGAGCAAAGAAAAGAAUCGCUUUGAAAAGUUGAUGGAGUACUUCAUCAGUGAUGACAGCAACAUCGACUUCAUGGUGGCUUGCAUGCAGUUCAUAAACAUUGUGGUCCACUCAGUGGAGAACAUGAACUUCCGAGUUCAUCUACAGUUCGAGUUCACUCACCUCGGAUUAGACAAGUAUCUCGGGAAUCUGAAACAAACAGAGAGUGAAAAGCUGCUGGUACAGAUUCAGGCCUACCUGGACAAUGUGUUGGAUGUCGGAGCCCUCCUGGAGGAUGCUGAGAGCAGAGGAGGGGUAUUGGAGCAUGUGGAUGAACUGCAGCACCAUAAUGUACAGCUGAGCACCCGGCUUCAGGAGAUUGAGAAUCAGACGGCAGAGAAAAUACUGGAACUUGAAACUCAGCUCAUGCAGGCCACCAAGGAGACCGAGCUGCUCAAACAAAGCCUGCGAGAGUCCUGUUCCCAGGUCAGCACAUUGCAACAGAGAGAACGGGAGCGUGAGCUGGACAGGGAGAGGGAGAAAGACAGGGAGCGUCUGAGCGGCUCCACCCCUCAGACAUCUUCAGAGUUGGAGCAGAAGAUCCAGGAGCUGCAGGACAAAGGGCUGAUCCAACUGGGACGUAGUGCCUCUGGAGGCCUGGACAUCCAGGUUGUACCCGUCACAGUGGUCGAAUACGUCCAAGCCCCAGCCUCCCAGCCUGGUGCUCCGAGCUCUGUCAUUGAUUCUGCCGCCCCACUGUCCAGCAUUCCUGGCUCUGUUCCUUCCCCGCCUCCUCCCCCAUCUCCUCCAGGUGGUCCAGCGAUGGUUGUCCCUCCUCCUCCACCUCCACCUCCUCUUGGAGGCUGUGGGGCUGUGCCGUCACCUCCUCCUCCACCCCCUUCUGCUCCAGGAGCAGGUCCACCACCUCCUCCACCCCCACCUGGCCCCCCUCCUCCUCCUCAUCUGCCUGGUGCUGGACCCCCACCUCCACCUACCUCCCCCACUGGUGCUGGACCCCCACCUCCACCUCCCCCACCUGGUGCUGGACCCCCACCUCCACCUCCGCCACCUGGUGCUGGACCUCCACCUCCCCCACCUUGUGGUGGACCUCUGCCUCCUCCUGGAGCACCAAACUCUGGUGUAAAGACCAAGAAGACCAUCCAGACCAAGUUCAGGAUGCCGCUGUUAAACUGGCAGGCCUUAAAAUCAAACCAGGUGACAGGCACCGUCUUCAACGACCUGGAUGAUGAGCAGGUCUUAGAGGAGUUGAACAUGGAUAUUUUUGAGGAACAGUUUAAGACAAGGGCACAGGGUAAUCCAACAGGGCUGUCCAAUAUCAAGAAGAAGGAGGUCCAGAAAGCCCCCAGCAAGACAUCCUUGAUUGACCCCAACAGGGCCAAGAAUCUGGCCAUUACUUUACGCAAGGGGGGAAUGAACCCAUCUGCUAUCUGCACUGCUAUAGAGACGUAUGACCAGCAGUCUUUGUCCAUAGACCUUCUGGAAUUACUCGAGCCCUUCAUACCAACAGAUUAUGAGUUGAAGUUGCUGGUAAAUUAUGAGAAGGAUGGCAGGCCUCUGGAGGAGCUUACCAACGAGGACCAAUUUAUUUUCCGCUUUGGGAAGAUUCCUCGUCUGAAGCAGCGUAUAAGCACUCUCACUUUCAUGGGCAACUUCCCAGAUACUGUCAAACGCCUGCAGCCGCAACUGAACUCCAUCAUUGCUGCAUCCAUGUCCAUCAAGUCUUCAACCAAACUGAAGAAGAUUUUAGAAAUUAUUCUCGCCUUUGGCAACUAUAUGAACAGCAGUAAGAGGGGUGCAGCAUACGGUUUUCGGCUGCAGAGUCUGGACCUUCUGUUGGAGACCAAGUCAACUGACCGCUCCCAGACCCUACUUCACUUCAUCACCAGUAUCAUCCAGGAAAAAUACCCCGACUUGGCCAACUUCCACACCGAGCUACACUUUGUAGACAAUGCAGCCCUGGUAUCUCUGGACGGCAUUCUUCAGGAUAUCCGCUCUUUAGAACGAGGAAUGGAAAUGACCAAAAAGGAAUUCCUGGUGCAGGAUGACAGCCCGGUGUUGAAGGAAUUCAUCAAAAGCCACAGUGAGCAGCUGGAAACUUUGAUCAAAGACAGCAAGACAGCACAGGAAGCAUACGGCUCGGUGGUGGAGUAUUUCGGAGAGAACCCCAAAACCACACAGCCUUCCAUGUUUUUCCCGAUGUUUGGGCGCUUGAUAAAGGCCUAUAAGACGGCACAGCAAGAGAUUGAGCAGAAAAAGAAAAUGGAGAGUGAGAGCGUUGAGGAAAAAGUGUCAUCACCGCCGAACAAAGCUGGGGUGCAAAAGGGGCCUAUGAUGCCUAAGAUGCCCCAGAUGGACCUGAUAGCAGAGCUAAAGAAGAGGCAGGUGAAACCGCAGGUACGUGAGGGGAAGGACGGCGCCCUGGAGGACAUCAUCACAGAUUUGCGGAACACACCAUUCAGACGGGCAGAUGGUCGACGGCCAGCCCAGCGCCAGGACACUUGAGCUACUUCUGUUCAAUUACUUUUUUUUUUUUUUUUUACAAAUGUAACUGGAAUCACACUCGAGUAUAAAGACACGAGAAACAUGUUUUGGAUUGUUCUGUAUAUACAGUAUCUCAAAUUAGCCAUAUGGCAGUGUGUACUUUUGCCAGCAUUUUAGUGUGGAUUUGCUGUGUAAAUAGAAUUUGAAGUUGGAACUCUUGGAUAUUUUUAAUGCAACAGUCCAUGAAUUUGAUUACAAAUCUAAAGCUAAAAAAUUAUUUCUGUGGCACUUCAUGGCUUUAUGUGCCCAAAACGUGUAAUAUUGUUACCUAAUGAGUAAUAAAACAAAUCAUGACGUUAUUUUAAAA